UGAUGCUUUGGGCUAAAAAUCCAUAUCUUGGCAACGCUGCUUGGCAGCUUGCGCCCUCUGCACCCUGGCCCUCCCCCCUCCCCUCCCUGAAAGUGGAGUGCUCCGGUGGUUGAGGUGGAGCUAUGCAACUGUCCACAUCCUUGAAUUACACUAUGACCUGCAUAGUUGCAUAAGAUUGCUAAAACAAUCCUAAAACUAGAGUUUUCUUGUAUAAAUACAAGUAGUCACCAUGCAGAGUGGAAUUCUAAAAAUUAUGGUUCAUAUAUUAGUAUUUUUGAUCCACCACUACCACUUUUUUGGUCCAAAAAUGUUUUAGUUGGAAUAGAAAGGAUGAAAAUAGGGGGAUUAAAGUUGCACUUGAAAGAAUUAAGAAUGAAGGUUGCAAGUUGCAACACUCUGAGAUUGCAAUUAGACUAAAUAAUAAUUCAUUAGCAUAUUAAUGUGAGAAUAUAUCACCUAUCCGGAAUUCAACACACCACACUGACUACAUGUAUCACAUUUAUUUUGUAUUAUCAUAUAUUAGAUUUUGAAACUGACCUAAUUACCAGCCUGGAUAAAUUUUUAAUAUAUGAAUUAUCAUUUCUAAGAUUACAUCCUAAACUUGCCCAUUAAAAUUUCAAAAGAAUACAAAUAAAUUUCUUAUAUUGGUAUGCUUUUCAGACUGACAUGUUGUCCUUCUUUGGCCUAUUGGCUAUUGGCCUUCAAUUAGAAAGCUUGUUGCGUGUUCACCUGAUCAUAGUUGCAUUUCAAUUUACCUUGCAACAAUAAUGAAGAAAAUGUGUUUGAAAAAUUUACAUUGUGAAUCUUCUUUUCAGGUGUAAAUAUAGCAAAACACAAUGGGAAAGUUACCUCAAAAGAAGUAUUAUAGGCAACGUGCACAUUCUAAUCCCAUGGCUGAUCACAGCUUUGACUAUCCACUGUGUCCAAGCAAGAUGGAUUGGAAGUCUCUGUAUCCAGACUAUGCAACUUCAGAGGACCAGAAGGUGGAGUUUGCAGAUGUUGGGUGUGGCUACGGAGGCCUUCUUGUGGCCUUGUCACCUCUGUUCCCCAACACUCGCAUGCUGGGGAUGGAGAUCCGUGUCAAGGUGGCAGACUUUGUAACAGACAGAAUAUUAGGGCUGAGAACUCAGCACCCUGGCCAGUACAACAACAUUGCCUGCGUCAGGACCAACGCCAUGAAGUAUUUACCCAACUACUUCACUAAGGGCCAGCUGAGCAAGUUGUUCCUGCUGUUCCCGGACCCGCAUUUCAAGAAGGCCAAGCAUAAGUGGCGCAUAGUGAACCAGACCUUGCUGGCUGAGUACGCUUAUGUGCUGAGGGAAGGCGCAGUAGUGUACACCCUCACUGACGUUGAGGACCUGCAUGUUUGGAUGAAGCGACACUUCAGCGACCAUCCGCUCUUCUGUGCCGUAGACCAGGCAGAUCUGGUGAGUGCUGCUGUGCAACAGCAGUGA